CGCGCCGCGGAGUGGUCGCGUCACAUCUUCCGACCCCCACGUAACACUCGCAGUAAACAUUUCAUAACACAAAUCUAACCGAUCGUUAACUCUACCGAUGUGUGAUAAAUAAGUUCCGUAAAGACAAUUUUGGCGAUCGAAGUACGCCGAUUUUCGACGCCGAAAAAGUGAAAUGGAAGCGAAUUUUUCUUUGCUGCUGUAGUGCUACGUACUUUGUUUCGGAAAUGGUGAUAUCGACCCACAGGGAGUGUUUAUGAGACGUUCAGUAGUGUAAUGAAAUAUCUGUGAUAAUGUAUGCUGUAGCGGCCGUGUUUUGUGCGCUGCUGCAUGUGGGGUGGUCCGCGCUGCCCUAUGGCUCGGACAGGUGUAUCCGUACCACGAUAAGAGACUCUGAAACUAGUGCUACCUGUAAAAUACGUACCCUGGAGGGUGACGGCAGCAGCAUAUCGACGGUGCCGUCGGAUGCCAGUCAUCUCAACAUAGAAUGCAAUCAUCUGCUGCUAUUCGAGAGUGCCCUGAGAGCUCACUACUUCAGCUCUCAUGAGAGCCUAACAGAUGUUACUAUACUCAACUGUAAACUCCUGGGCCUACCCGAGAACACUUUUAGAGACCUGAAGAAGCUGAGAAGAUUGAAGAUACGUUCUAAGAACUACGAGUGGAGUCCUACUAAGAAUUUGGAGCUCACACAGAACUCGUUUAAUGGAUUAUCGGAACUACAAUCGCUAGAUUUAGCCGAAAACAAUAUUAAGUUUGUGCCUUCAGGUGUAUUUUAUUCCUUGGAGAAUUUAAGUACGUUGAAUUUGACUCACAAUAGAAUAAGAACAGUCGGCCAAAUUGGAUUUGGGCAAGGAUGUGCCGCGAAUUUACACACGUUGGACCUGAGCCAUAACGAGAUUAAAACUUUAUCGGAAGACUCCGAGCUCCUAAAACUGAGAAGUUUGCAACAUCUCUACCUGCAACAUAACAAUAUCACUGACAUAUCAAGCGAAGCUUUUAACGGCCUCGUCUCUAUGAGGGUUCUGAACAUAUCACAUAAUCGAAUUCAUACUCUACCUGAAGGACUCUUCGCUCACUCUAGAGAAUUGAGAGAAAUAUAUUUGAAUGACAAUUCGUUAUUCGAGCUAGCAAAAGGAAUAUUUCAUCGCUUGGAACAAUUGAUCGUGUUGGAAUUAUCAGGAAAUCAGUUGACCAGCAACCAUAUUGAUGAUGGAACGUUUUUGGGAUUAAUCCGACUGAUAGUAUUGAAUUUAUCGAAUAAUGCUUUAACGAGAAUUGAUGGGAAGACAUUCAAAGACCUGUUUGUGCUCCAGAUAUUGAAUUUGAAGAAUAAUUCAAUCGGUUACGUGGAAGACAAUGCGUUCCUGCCGUUAUAUAAUCUUCACACUCUGAACUUGGCCGAAAAUAGACUUCACACAAUAGAUGAAAACUUAUUCAAUGGUCUCUACGUCUUGAAUAAAUUAACGCUCAACAACAAUUUACUUGUCAACAUCGAUCGGAAGGCGUUCAAAAAUUGCUCCGACUUGAAAGAGUUGGAUCUCAGUUCUAAUCAAUUGAUCGAUGUUCCUGAUGCACUAUGGGAGCUGCCGUUGUUAAAGACACUAGAUUUAGGAGAAAAUCAAAUAUCUACUUUUAGAAAUGGAUCGUUCAAAAAUCUUAAUCAAUUGACCGGAUUGAGACUCAUCGACAAUCAAAUUGGAAAUCUUAGCGUUGGCAUGUUUUGGGAUUUGCCGAGUCUCCAAGUGCUAAAUAUAGCUAAGAAUAAAAUACAAUCCAUAGAACGAGGAACUUUUACUCGCAACUCUCAGCUGGAAGCGAUACGACUGGACGGAAACUUCUUGUCUGAUAUAAAUGGUGUAUUUUCAACGUUGGCGAGUCUUUUGUGGCUAAAUUUAUCCGAAAAUCAUUUAGUGUGGUUCGACUACGCGUUUGUGCCUAGUAACUUAAAGUGGUUGGACGUGCACGGUAAUUUUAUCGAACACUUGGGUAACUAUUACAAGUUACAAGAUGAAAUCCGUAUAAAGACACUCGACGUGAGCCAUAAUAGGAUAGCGGAGAUAUCGCCGAUGGCGAUACCUAAUAGUGUUGAACUCUUGUUUAUAAAUAACAACUUCUUGAACAAUAUACAUGUGAAUACUUUUUUCGAUAAAAAGAACUUGACGCGAGUGGAUAUGUACGCGAACGAACUUGUGCAUUUAGAACUGAACAGUUUGCGUUUAUCGAAUGUGCCGGCGAACAAAAGUUUGCCCGAGUUUUAUGUCGGUGGGAAUCCUUUUCAGUGUGACUGUACUAUGGAGUGGUUACCUAUAAUAAACAAUAUGACCGCCAUGCGACAGUACCCGCGUGUGAUGGACUUGGAGAACGUGUUGUGCAAAAUGACAAACACCCGUAGUGGAACACAUGUGCCCCUAACCAAUCUAAAAACAUCUGACUUUUUGUGUGAGUAUGAAACACAUUGUUUUGCCAUCUGCCACUGCUGUGAUUACGACGCGUGUGACUGUGAAAUGACUUGUCCACAAAAUUGUACUUGCUACCACGAUCCGUUAUGGAACACUAACGUCGUUGAUUGUUCGGGGCAAUCGUCAAUGGAAAUACCGCAGAAAAUACCCAUGGAUGCCACCGAGGUUUUCCUCGAUGGGAACAACAUAAAAGAGCUACAGAACCAUGUAUUCAUAGGAAGACAAAAGAUGCGGUCCCUGUAUGUCAACAAUAGUAACGUAGAUAGCAUACAGAACAGAACUUUUGCCGGACUGAACUCUUUACAAAUUUUACAUUUGGGAAAUAAUAAGCUGCACGAGUUGAAAGGCUACGAGUUUCAUCAAUUGAACAAUUUGAAAGAACUAUUCCUCCAGAAUAAUCUAAUAAGUCAUAUCUCGAACAUAUCGUUUUUGUCACUCAAAUCUUUGGAAAUUUUACGCCUAGACGGCAAUAGACUAGUCGAUUUUGGAGUCUGGAGUUUUAAUAAUCACCCUAACUUAAAAGCGCUAUCGCUCGGAAACAAUUUGUGGUCAUGCAAAUGUCGUUACCUUCAAGAGCUGACCGCUUAUUUGGCCGAGAAUGCACAAAAAAUAAUCGACAUUACUGACGUUUGGUGCUGGAAUGGUGAUGCGAAGCCGCCUCAGAAAAAAGAACUCAACUUAAACGGUACCGCCUGCAGUGAUUAUUACGCCGAUAAUUCAGUCAUCGGAAACAUGUUGGUGUCAAACUAUGUUCCCAUGAUGGUCUCGACUCUCACAGGCUUCAUGUUAAUUUUAUUGGCCCUGGUCGUGCUUUUUCUUUUUAGAGACUCAUUACGAUUAUGGCUCUUCACUAACUGCGGGAUACGUGUAUUCUCGUUCGCCGAGCCCUUCGAAGAGAGUCAAAAGCUAUACGAUGCUUACGUAUGCUACAGUCCUAAAGACGAGGAAUUCGUUAUCCAAUCGAUAGCUAGCGAAUUAGAAAAUGGAAAUCCAUCGUACCAUCUAUGUCUACAUUAUAGAGACAUUCCACAUCACGGAGCUGAAUACUUACAAUGUGCUCCGCCUGUCAUCGAAGCAGCGGAAGCGUCUAAGAGGAUUAUUCUAGUUUUAACUAGAAAUUUCAUGCAAACGGAGUGGUCUCGGUAUGAAUACCGCCAGGGUCUGCACGAAGCGCUAAAAGGAUGCAUCUAUAAACUACUCCUAAUUGAAGAAUGCUCAGUUGUAAAUGACGCAUUGAGAGAUCAAGAUCUGAGGCCGUACCUAAAAACUGGCGCUCGUACAACAUGGGGCAAUAGAAGAUUUUGGGAGAGACUAAGAUACCUCAUGCCCGACACUUCUCAUGGCCAUCAUAAAGUGAGAUCUCAUCAUUAUAGAAAAAAUAUCAAUACUUACACCCUGGAUUCCACCAUACCCAACGGUGGUCGGUCCAUGGCUAUGCCUGAUCAGUCACCAGUGUUAGGACACGGGCAGGGUGCGAGUGCUCCUCCAGAAUACAGCAUGGAAGUCCGUCAAUCUCCAUCAGCUGUGAGACAGACUCAGGGAGUCGCCUAUGGCCCUGAUGGUCGGCCGAUCUCUGACCACAUCUACUCCUCCAUAGACUCAGACUACUCCUCUCUAGAGCAAGGCAUGGCCCCAGGUAGACGACGAGACAUGAGGCAGUGGCCCCCGCCGCCGCCGCUAGUUGACACAGGCAAUGUGCAAGCUUACCUAGUCUAAACGGGUGCGAACCCCCUUCCAGUCACAUUGUAUAUACGUAGCUUAAGUUCUGUAAUUGUAAAUAUUGUAAUUACUAGUAUUUAUGUGCUAUACCAAAAUUUAUGUAAACGAUCUUACGUUUGCCUGCUCGUUAUUCCUGUGUAUAGAAUUCAUAAAACUUUAAAGACUGCUGUAGAAUAUAAAUAUUGUAAAUAGCAAAGA